AUGCAGCGGCUUGUGCAGAGGAGACGGGUGCGCAAACUGCGCCUGGUCUGGGCUUCUCUGGCGCUCGUAGCACUGUCCCUGGCCGCAUGCAGUGCGCUCUUCACGGCGUGGACCUGGCGUCAGACCCGAGACCUCUCUCAGUCCUUUAAAGUCCUGCAGGAUCGACUUGAGCAGGUUAAUACACAGAGGAAAGCCAUUGUUCAACUCAUUCUGGAGAAGAGAGAGCUGCUGGUCGGCCAGAGAGUCAAGAGAGACGGGGGAACUCUGCGCGGGAGGAGUGGGAAUGGAAAAAAAGCCGCGUCUCAUUUUGAAAUCACCAAAGUGUCCUCCCAGCAAGUGGGAGACGGAGGAGUGAUUAAAGGCUGGGAAGAGCGGACCCUCAAUAUGACCAAAGCAGUGAGGUACAAUAAAGAGCAGGGAACCUUCACCGUGGAGAAGGCCGGCGUCUACUUCCUCUUCUGUCAGGUCCUGUUCAACGAGCAGGAGUCGCAGUACGUGAAGCUGGACGUGGUGACCGUGGGACACAGGCCUCAGAAGCUGCAGUGCAUGGAGGGCUACGGGACCACCCCCUCGGCCGGGCCUCAUAACUUCCACUUCCUGAAGCCGUGCCAGGUGUCAGGGCUGCUGCGGCUGGAGAGGGGCGCCGAGCUGCAGGCCGUGACGGGACCCUCCUUCAGACUGCACACUGUGGGCAACCCCUCCGCCUCUCCGCACGUCUUCAGCAUCUUCAAAGUCAACUGA